CUUGAAUCUGCUAUCCAUUUAGUAUGCGACAAAUUCUCCGACUGUUUCCAUCUUACGUUACUUAAUUUCGGAAAAAAUCAAAAUGAAACUAGUUAUAUUUUUGUUCCUGCUGUCAAUUUCGUUGACUGCUGCCCGUUCUAGUGGCAAAUAUACAGACCGUUAUGAUAGCAUCAACGUGGGAGAUGUUGUCUCAAACAGACGUCUGCUUGUGCCUUACUUGAGGUGUCUCCUCGAGCAAGGAAAGUGUUCGCCCGAAGGCAGAGAAUUGAAAUCUCACAUAAGGGAAGCAUUGGAGAAUUACUGCGCUAAGUGCACGGACACUCAACGGCGAGGCACUAGACUUGUGAUCGCACACCUCAUCAAUAACGAGCCGGCUUACUGGAGACAGUUGACAGACAAAUACGAUCGGAACCAUAAGUACGUCACCAAAUAUGAAAAUGAAUUAAGAACGUUUAAAUUUUAAAUAAAUUUUUA